CCUUUUGGCAUGUGAUCCACAAUUUAAUUGGACUGCACUGCAGCUACCUAUAUUGAUUAUUGGGAAACCUAUUUAUAUAAGUCAAUAGUUUGUAGUAUAUUUUUUUGUCGAUAUAGAGAGAGCAUAGAAAUAUUUGUAUAGGCGUGAGAGAGAUGAUUGGACUGACUCUAGCUUCUCCGUGGAUUUCGGGAACAUUACCAAUUUAUUCUUCAUCAACAUCAUCAUCAUCAACGACCACUUCGCUAUCUUCUUCUUCAUUUGAAGCUGCAAAUUUCUCAAAGCCCCAAUUGUGCCCACCUUCAACAUCAUCAUCAUCUUCGUAUAAUCGUCGUGUGAUUUGUCGAUCCCAAUUAGCAAAUGACCUCAAAUUUCUGUUGCACGAUGCCCUCGACUCUUCUGGCGUCGAUACCACCCAUGCCAGAGCGGCUAGGGAGGGUUUCUGCUCUCAGAUUAAAAGAUUAUCUGAUAUCGAGAGGCACACAAGUAUUAGCAUAAAUAGAGGGGUUGAUUUGGGUAAGACAGCUCUUUAUAUAGCAGCAGAGGAUGAUUCCCUAGUUUCGCACUCUUCAGUUCCUCUUCCCGUGGAUGCAUUUAUUGACAGAUUGGAUGAUCUUUGUAUGGACUACUGCUCUCACUAUAGCGCUUCGUUUAGAUCCUCGCCUGAUAUUUUUCUGGAGUGCCUAGAGAGAUACUUGUAUGUUAAUAAGGGUUUCAGGAGAACUAAUGUGAGGUCUCAAGCAGAGCCACGGGCUCUUUAUCUUCAUUCUCUCCACCUUCGUUUGGGACAGGUUUUGACACAUCGUUCAGGUUCUGCUCCUAUGCUUUCCCUCAUAUACUCAGAGAUACUAAAGAUGCUUCGUUUAUGUGGUCUCUUGAAUUUUGAUGUGGAGAUUUUUUUCCCCCACGAUCUUUAUAGUCUUCCUAGAGGUUAUCAUAAACAAAGAAGUAAGGAGUCUGAUCAACCACAUAUUUUGACAUCACAAUCCCUUUUGUUGGAGAUCUUGAGAAAUUUGAAGGACGCUUUCUGGCCAUUUCAACUUGAUCAUACUAGCAGCUUGUUCUUGAGGGCAGCACGCGCUGCUAACUGCACUGAUAGAUCAAACAAUGUUGAAGAAAGUGGCUUUGAGCUUGCAUCUGCCAAAGCUGCUCAGCAUAGGUUAGAGCGUGGUGUUUGGACCAGCGUACGUUUUGGGGAUAUGAGGCGUGCAUUAUCUGCAUGUGAACGCCUUGUCCUCCUGGAAUCCGAUUUGAAGGAAUUAAGAGAUUACGGUGUUCUUCUUUACCACUGUGGAUUUUUUGAGGAAUCGUUGCAAUACUUCAAAUUGUAUAAAGACAAAAAGAAUUCUUCCAUACCAGAGCCGUCAUCCGAUACAUUUAGCCACCUAGAGGAAGACGCCGUGGAGAAACUAAUUGUUCGCCUUAACCUCAUUUUGAUGGAGGAAGGUUGGACUAGGCCCUCGUACAAUAAAAGUUUUCUGGGCAACAACUCCGAGCCAUGGUAGUACCUGAUGUGCAUUUUUCAUGUAAUGGAGCCGAAUUCCGUUGGUGUAAAGUUGGACGGUUGAUAAAUUGGACUCUUUGCCAAUAAUCCUAUAUAUGGGCGCAAUCGCAUUCAUGAAUAUUGCAAUGUGCAGCCCUGAAAGCAGAGACGAGAACACUACCGAUGAAAGGAGAAGACGUUGGGUGAAGUACCCAUUGCAUGAUAUCAUGAUCAAAUGGUAGCUUAUUCAUUAUGCGUGCAGUGUACUGAGAAUUGAUGCAUCUUUACUCUGAUGAACUCUAAUUCUCACACUUUAAAUUCAUGCAAGUGUAAUACUUUUCUCCUUUUCUGAAAGCAGUUAGUGUUUCUGUUAUUAAAGGAAAAAAUAAAAAUAAAUAAAAAGAUGGUGUAAAUAGUUAUUAUUGUGAAUACUAGGAUUGUAAUGAUUAUUGGGAUUUUUCUUUUUGUGA